CAACUUUUCGCAAUUCAGUCUGAGAAUAUGGGAACAGGGACACACGACUCGUACUGGGGGAAUCCACGAGACACACCGAGUUUGCGCGAGCUGGAGCAGCUUCGCGUACUUGCAAUGUACGAAUUCGAGCCGCCACUAAGUAGCCAGGAACUCGUGGGUGCGCUGCGCGCCUGUAAUAACCGCACAGAACACGCUUACCAGUAUCUGAAGGCGAGUCGCCGCCACCAACAGUCGAUUGUGAUCCCAGCGUCGGCACCCGCUGCAACAAGCAACACCAGAAUGAUAUCACCAGAACGAGAGAAACGUCGUUUGAGUGCUUCGUCAGAGGACAAAAGCGCGCCCAGUAAGAGACACAAAGAUCUGAGCUUCUCGCUGAUGGACACGGAGGAGAAGGAAGAGGAGAACCACGAUAAGGACACGACCCCAGACACACAGCAAGGCACAGAGAUGCAAUUCACUGCUGCAAAUUGCGCGAGAGUGCAGGAAUUGCUGCUAGAGACAGUAGAGGACCGUGUGGCAGGCACUCAGCCUCUGCGCAAUCCGGACUGGGUGAACCAAGUUUGGGCGAGUCUUCAGGUGCCAGCAGUGCUGGAGUUAGCUAUGCAUCUUAACUUGACGGUGGAUGCUUUGGCCACCUGGGUGAAGGACGUGGAGACCCAGUACGCCACAGAUAUCCAAACGCGAGGCGCUGCUCUGAUCGUUGAGGUGGCAGCCAGUCUGCCACCGUGCACGGCCAGUUCCAACAAUUCAUUGGCGUUGCAGCCAAAGGACGAAGUGUUGACGAAGCAUGACAAGGAAGUCGCAGCUAUCGCACAAGCUGAGAGCCAGACAGCGGAGUUGAGUGCGUAUUCUCGCGCUAAUGCUGCGAAGAGCGCCAUCGAGUCCCUGUCUUCAGCGUGCAAGGCGUACAUGGAUCGAUUGGCUUGGCUUGCUCGGUCCGGUGAUAAAAACGGCAAAGAGACGGCUGAUGUGGGCAAAAUACUUGAAACUUUGGAUAAAAAGUUGAAAGGACUGGUGGAUAUCUGCACUCAUGACGUGAAGGAGGCAGAAUCUGCCUUGUCGGAGGCGAAGCAGAAGAAGGGAGCGAGAUCACUGCAGAUUGUGGAGUUUGUCAACAAGCGACGCCAAGAACUGCUUGAAAAGGGCGAGACAGAAGCCUGUGCUACGCUUGACUCGGUAGUUGGAGUCUGGAAGAAAGACGACGUUGAGGUGCAAGCGCUAUGGAGCUCUCGUAGCGAGUGUGAACGACAAGUAGAGGAAUCUGCGCGUGCUCUGACGGUUGCUGAACAUGCACUAGCCUUCCACAAGAACCUUCAUAUUUUAUUCAGAAAAACCCGUGAGCGGCGAGAAGAAGCACUCACGAGCUCGUCAAAGGGCCUUGAAGACGCACGCGCAAUUUCAGAGGCCCGCACGACGUCGUCUUUGGAAGAAUUUAUCCCGAUGCUCACACGCUCACUAGCCCAUUAUUAUGAAUUUCAUUCAAUUCAGCAGGCCAAAGCCAAAGAGGAACUGCAAGAACAGGAGAAAGCUUUGGCUGCCCAUAAUGAGUACUUUGGUGACUCUGCACCGAUAAAGAAGAGUGAUAUCGAGCAGCGUAUUCGCGAGUUUAUUGGGGUAACGCAGAGUUCCAUGCAAGUGAUCAUGGAGAUCGCAGAAGGUCAGCAGCAGCUUUGGGAGGACAAGCAGACGGUGUUACCGGCAUCGGUGCGCCAGAUGCUGCUUCGUGAGUUUAAGGCGUUGUGGAUGCAGCUUAGUGGGCCGAUGCAGGAUGUCAUGAAGAAGUUUGUGGCUACUAUCGAGGAAGCUGCAGGUGGCGCCGUAGCAGUGCAGGUACAAGAAGACCAGCCAGACCCUGCGGCUCCUGUGUUCGUCAAGCCGAAUGCUUUGGAUGAGCAGGUUAUUCCAGCGUUUACCGUACCGACGUUUACACACAGCCAAGCGGAGGCAGUCACACCGUACCGAACGGCGAUCUCGGCAAUUGUUGCUUCAAAAGAGGUCAGCAAUAGCCCCAAUUCGAAGAAAGAGGUGAAGAAACAUGAGCAUUCUCUGGAGAGUAUUCAGGCGGUAGUAGCUGCUGCACUAGAAAAUACUGGCAAGCACCGCAAAGCGCGCCCUGAGUUUGGCGUUGGGUCUGUUCUGUAUUCGAAGAUCACCGUGGGCGAGAGCUGCACGCAAUUUGUCCGUGGAGUAGUUCUGAAGCAAUUGGACAACGGCAUGUACCUGAUGCAUUACGAUAACGGCGACAAGUUCUCUGUGGACACCAAGUUUCUUUUCACGAAGGAGCAGAUGGAAGAGAGUCUGAAAGCUGGUGGUGUGGCGGCUCCUGAUGAGGACGCGGAAAUGGAAGACGCCGAGCAGUCGAGCGAAAGUGGUUGUGCCAUUAUGUAGUGAGCAUGCCGGGUGCCGUCGAUGUGGUGGUUUUGAUUAUUGAGUAGCUAUGCAGACUUGCGUAGUUUUUUUAACGCUAGCAACAGAAUAUUCCUGAUUAUGACAACUUUGACGUUGCUGUUGAAGUU